AUGUUGAAGGAUGAGAACUCUUUGAACAUGGUGAAAGUGUGGAUGGUCUUAGAAGUUAGACAAUUCAUUCAUGCUUCAAUCGAAGAUGUAAGUAAUACAAAAAGAAUUUAUCAGACAUUAUACUAA